AUGGUAUCGCAGAAGUGGUCAGCGGCUAUGACAAGGUUAUCUCUAGAUUGUGAUUGCAAGUCGUUUACAGAGGACUCAAGUCUGACACUUUCGAAUUUAGAAUCGGAGAUCAAGACCACAGCGCCUACUUGUGCGGCAGAUUUCAAGGGUUACUUUACCAUAGGCAACGAUAGUGUGAUGCCCAAAACAAUCACGGCAGCUGUGGCUGCCGAAACUUCUGCUGCCUCUAAAGGUUCUGAUUUCGAUCUAACAGCGAGCCAGGGUAAUAGAUUUCGGGAUUUUGAUGGUACGAAAGUUAUUCAUAUGUAA